GAGCGCGGGGGGAGCCGCUCCAUCAUGGCGGCGAGGGAGGUGAUCGUGUCGGCUGGCUACCUGUACACGCCGAGACUGCUGUUCCUCUCGGGCAUCGGGGACGCGGGGGACCUGGCCAGGGCGGGCCUGGAGGUCGUGAGGGACAUGCCCGCCGUGGGCAAGAACCUCACAGCGCCGCGUAUGACGCCGCUUUCUUGGCGCACGAACACGCCCACCAUCUCCCAGAUGAUGGGGCCGCCCAUCUCCAAGGAGGGCCCCGCGGACCGCGAGGCCUUCAGCAGCGUCAUCGCGGAGGCCACCGUGCCCGUGGGCGAGCAGGCGAUCGCGCAGUUCAUGCCCCUGUACUACGCCCCGAAGUCGGCCCCGCUGCAGUUCUCUCUCCAGGGGGAGCCCUGGCCGCUCGAGACCAACGCCUACACCAUCGCCAUCAUGGUCACGAUGGCGACUGCUGCGAGGGGCUCCAUCGCCGUCGACCCGGACCCGGACGUGAGCCCCACCAUCACGCACGACCCUCUGACUCCCGAGGACGUGGAUGCCGCGCGCGGCGCUGCGGCGGUGCGCGCGGCCGAGCAGCUCGGCGCCAGGCUCGCGUCCACGGGCCGCGUCGAGCAUGCGCAGGACUGGUCGGCCGUGUACGACGGCCGCGGCACCUGCCGCAUGGGGACCGACCCGCGGACCUCGGUGGUCGAUCCGACGCUGCGGGUCCACGGCAUUCGGGGCCUGCGCAUCGUGGACGGGUCCGUGCUGCCGUCCAGCACGCCGUACCUCGCGAUGCCCGAGGUGCUGAUGCUGGCGGAGCGGGCUGCGGACCUCAUCCUGGACGUGCCCACGUACGCCGCGUCGGACCUGGAGCCCGGCGAGUCCCUCGCGAGGGCGGUCGGCGCGGCGCGCGGCCAGCUGGAGCUCGGCGCCGAGGGCGCCGGGCCCGCCGUGCGCCACGCGGAGCUGCUGGCCGCGUCGGCCGCGCCGUUCGCGCUCUGCGCGGCGUUGGGCGCGGGCGCGGUGCUGCUCUCGCGUCGGCGGGCGCACGGCGCCACGGGCGUGGGCGACUUCUACGUCCAGGCGUGA